UUGUCCAUGGCAACUUUGAUAGCCAAUAGAUUAUCAGAGGAAAGAGGCAAAUUGAUCAAAACAACAAUAUUAACCAUGGAGCUUCUUCUUUUAUCAACAGGAUUUAUUUCUACUUUUUUCAUGCUUAAAAAAGCUAUUAGUCCUCGUUACUUAUUUAACAUGUUCUUUGUUAAUUUAAGUGAAAUCUUGAAUUAUUCGAAGAGUUUCUUGUCAUCUCCACUUUAUAUUUGCCUUUUUAUCAACUCUGUUGUUAUACUUAUUUUGACUUUUUCGAAAUUUCACCAUCCCACGAUGGAAUUUCUCAAUGUUUUUCUAGAUGAUGAAAAGGAGAAUAUUAGUGAUAAUGAUGGUAUUCAGAUUCAGCCACAACACGAUAAUAUCCCGAAAAGAACUAGUUCUGUUAUUGCAAUGGAUACUGUUAUGUCGUUUUUUAGUCGUUAUAAUUUGGAUCCUGUUGUAUCAGAAGAAACUAUAAUUGAAGAUGAAAUGAUCUCCUGUAGUGAUGAUGUGAAAGAUAUUGAAAUUGAUUGUGUAACAAAAUUGUCUUUUCCUCCUGAAGCUCGUGAAAUUGUUAGUGAGACAAUUGCAACAAGAACUGAUUACGAAGAAACGAUGAUGAAUUAUCAAGAUAUUGAAGAGGAUGAUGAUGGCUCGUUGGACGCAACAUGGAAGACGAUCACAGGAGGGGGGAACAAUACGAAAAAGAAGAAACAAGUACUGAAGAAAAGUGAGACAUGGCCAAUUGAGCCACAGGUGAAAUCAGCACAGAGCAUUGGUUCAAAGGACUUGUUGCCAUCAGUAGCUGCAGCAUGGAAAGACUUGAGAAAAUCAGUGACAUUUAACGAUGCUUUAUCGGUGUUUCGAAGAGGGGGUUUACGAGGGGAUGUUUCUGUUAGUACAGAGGAAUCCAACAAAAGAUUUGAUGAUUUUAUUAAGAAGAUCAACCAUGAGAGAUUGCUGCAGAGGCAAGAAUCCGAUCAGCGUGCCUUCAAGAAUAAUAGGCUACAUCGAGCACGUUAA